ACGUAACGUACACCACGUGACUAAAACCAGGAAGUGAUUCGAGUGUCAACAUUACAAUGGUGGAGAUGACUUCUUCAGAGUGGCACCUGUCCUUGAAGCUGGUGAAUCAUCCCAAAUCCACCUUCCACUUCCCGGACAUGAUGCCAGGGGAUGUUCCCCCUGGAGGAUACAGGAUCGCUACUUUAAAACAACUCGUUGCAGCACAGAUCCCAGACUCCAUCCCAGAUCCUGAACUAAUGGAGCUGGUCCACUGUGGGAGGAAGCUUAAGGAUGACUUAACUCUGGAUUCCUGUGGGAUUCAAUCGGGAUCCACCUUACACAUCCUCAAAAAGAUUUGGCCAGAGCCAGUGAACAAUUCAGAGCCUGUAAACAGAGCAACUGCAGCCAGGGAGUUCAGGGUGUUUCAUGCUGCUCUUCACUCUCUAAACUCUGCCUACAGAGACUCAGUAUAUAAAAUGCUGACAAAUAAAGAGUCUCUGGAUCAGAUCAUCGUGGCUACACCAGGGCUCAGGUCAGACCCAGUCGCUCUAGGGGUGCUCCAAGACAAAGAUCUCUUCGUGCAGUUCACAGACCCCAACAUGCUGGAUAUAUUGAUCAGUUCCCACCCAGCCCUCGUCAACGCCAUCAUCCUGGUCCUGCACUCUGUGGCAGGCAGCAUACCCGCCCAGUCCAGCGCCAGCUCUUCUCGCAAUGUCUCUGCCAGUUCCUACAGUGAUAUGCCAGGAGGCUUCAUGUUUGAGGGCAUGUCUGAUGAUGAGGACGAUUUCCAGUCCGGGAGCCCAGCAGGUCCCUCCAACAGAGCAGGAGGCUCAGCGGGAAUCCGACCGGUGUCUCUGAGCCACAGCGGAGCGACAGGCCCUCGACCAAUCACGCAAAGCGAGCUGGCGACGGCUUUGGCCCUCGCCAGCACUCCCGACAGCAGUGCGGUCACUCCUACAACUUCAAGCCAGGUGGACCCCUCCAGCGGCGUGGCUCCUAUGCCAGCAGGGACCCCAGUCAGUAACGAUCUCUUCAGCCAGGCUCUACAGCAAGCUCUGCAAGCCUCCAACAUGUCUGCUCUACAGGGCCGCUGGCAGUCCCAAAUGCAGCAGCUCAGGGACAUGGGGAUCCAGGAUGAGGAUCUGAUGCUGAGGGCGCUGCAGGCCACAGAUGGGGACAUCCAGGCUGCACUGGAGCUCAUAUUUGCUGGAGGCCCAGGACUCUGAGUUCAUACCCCAACACAGACUACGGCCUUUAUACAGCAGAGAGAGCAGGAAAAAGUUCAGCAUCCUAUUGCCCAGACAUUAGAAAUGAUGGCUUUAGACAUACAGUAUACAUGUUUUUUUUAAUUAUUACCCUGUUUAUCCAAUUUACAUACAGUAUCAUAUCUGAGCUCAAUGUUCAUGACAACUUUUUCUUGUUGAAAGGAAGUAUAAUAAAUGUAAUUAUGCUUACCGCAUCACCUCCUGA